GAUCUGAUUUCAUAAAACCUGGCUGGGAUUUCUCUCCAGGGACCUUUAGUGAUCCUGCCACUUCCAAUAAACAUUUAUAGAAACUGCUGCCAGCCUGUGGAUAUGAGAAACUCCUAGGAGAGACUUUUCCAAAAAUCCUUAAAGACACCAAAAUCUUUAAAGGCAAACCCCACCCAGGAGAAGAUGGGUAGAACGUGCCCAGCUGUAGCCUUGGGAGCUGGAUCGUGGUGCCAGGCGUUAGCUUUGCACCCUCAGUAGGGAUGUUUGCUAUUCCCCCUUGGAAAACUGUGCCCUCCAGAGCCUCGCUGGGAUCGGGAGCAGCGGAAUGCUGAGCUAAAAGCCAAUUUUGAGAGCUGAGAUGGAAGUGCAGCAGGUAAAGGCUGGCCCAGGCUCUCACAGCUCGGGGGCGGCGGCGCACACUGCUCAGGUUUGCACCUCUAAGAAAUUUCCGUUUUUUCGCCUCAAAACCUCCAGAUACGAAGCCGAAGCUGCCUUCUUUGCCAACCUGAAACUGUCGGAUUUCAACAUCAUCGACACCCUGGGAGUCGGAGGGUUCGGGAGAGUGGAGCUGGUGCAGCUGAAGAGCGAGGAGGCCAAGACGUUCGCCAUGAAGAUCCUGAAGAAGCGGCACAUCGUGGACACGCGGCAGCAGGAGCACAUCCGCUCCGAGAAGCAGAUCAUGCAGAGCGCCCACUCCGACUUCAUCGUCAGGCUCUACAGGACGUUCAAGGACAGCAAGUACCUGUACAUGCUGAUGGAGGCCUGCCUGGGGGGAGAGCUCUGGACAAUUCUCAGGGACAGGGGUUCAUUUGAGGAUUCCACAACCAGGUUUUACACGGCAUGUGUGGUGGAAGCCUUUGCCUACUUGCAUUCCAAAGGGAUCAUUUAUAGGGACCUCAAGCCAGAGAACCUCAUUCUGGAUCACCGAGGUUAUGCCAAGCUGGUCGAUUUUGGCUUUGCAAAGAAAAUAGGAUUUGGAAAGAAAACAUGGACUUUUUGUGGCACCCCGGAGUACGUAGCCCCCGAGAUCAUCCUGAACAAAGGUCAUGACAUUUCAGCAGACUACUGGUCCCUGGGAAUCCUGAUGUAUGAGCUCCUGACUGGCAGUCCCCCUUUCUCAGGCCCAGACCCCAUGAAGACCUAUAACAUCAUAUUAAGGGGAAUAGACAUGAUCGAAUUUCCAAAGAAGAUUGCCAAAAAUGCUGCUAAUUUAAUUAAAAAACUAUGCAGGGACAAUCCAUCAGAAAGAUUAGGGAACUUGAAAAAUGGAGUGAAAGAUAUCCAAAAGCACAAAUGGUUCGAAGGCUUUAAUUGGGAAGGAUUACGGAAAGGGACACUGACACCUCCCAUAAUCCCAAGUGUGGCGUCUCCCACGGACACAAGCAACUUCGACAGCUUCCCAGAGGACAGUGACGAGCCACCCCCUGACGACAACUCAGGAUGGGACAUAGAUUUUUAAUGUUAUUUCUCUUACCUGCUUCUGCCUUGCUGAGGACAGCUUUUCCUGGGACGUGGCUGCCAGCGGAACGGGAAGACCGGAAUUGGGGAGGAUUCGUGCUCGGGGUCACCAUGAUGCCUUGAUUGAUGCUGCUCCAGUAACUCCAGUGGCAUUAGGACUUCUUGCUUAGUGACAAUAGUGCUCUCCAUGUUUUCUGUUGGAACGUGACCUGGCGUGGGCACGGUGGUCCUGACACAGAGCCUUUCUCCGGCACAGAACUCCUCUUCUGUCGCCACAGAGAUCCUGGCACACUCUUGAUUAGCAGCGUGAGAGAUCCGUAGAGUAAGAGGCACUUAAUUCCAGCUGCUUUUUCUGUAGGAUCAGUAGUAACUUCAGAAGUGCUGCAGCUACUCCAGUGCAGGAUUUGGGCUAUUCCCACCCUCUGAGCUCCGCAGGGCAGCGCCGGAGCCCAGGAGGAGCAUGGGCAAAGCACUCCUGUCAAAGCAGUGGGGAAUGUGUCCUUUUCCUUUCCUAGCAGUGCUCCCCACGAGACUGAAUGUUCCAUUUCCUCUUUGUUUUGGAAACAAUUUGGCUCAGCCUGGUCAAACAAAAGCACAACUGCUGCAGAUGCUGUCAAGGCAGAGUUGGGUCGCUUCCCUCACGUGGAAGCACCACCUUUGGGCUUCAGUUCUCCUUUCCCUUGGUACCAAUACAUGCAUGGAAAGAGAAAAAUCAUGGAAUGAAUCCACUGUACCUCUAUCGAUCCAUUGUACAUCUGUUGAUCCACUGUACAUCUGUUGAUCCAUUUCACAUCUAUUGAUCCAUUUCACAGUGCUCCAGUCACCAUCCUGAACAAAGCAACAGCAGCCCAACCAUCUGAUUUGGUAUAAAAUUUAGGAUAACUUUGACCUUUUUAGGCCCAAAGGGAAAAAUAUGAGACCUGUGAUGUCCUUUCGAGGUGCUACAUCCAACUCUCACCUGGGAAGAAACCUGUCCCUGAACCAUCCUGUCAGGAAUAUGUAGCAGAGGCUCUGUUCUCCCUUUUGAUGAUUCCAUGUCUCCGUGUCUGCAUCUAUUCUGUGUGUGAAGAAUCUCAUUAAAACAGAAAUCCCGGGCCAGUCUGUUGGCUCUGACGGACCACUGCCAAUAAUCCUGAUGCCUCUCCAGGCUAAGGAGCUCCACAGGAAAGUCAGUGGAAUUCAAUGGGAAAUGGAUAUUGGGAGAUCCCUGUGAGGUCUCCAGCGUGCCAGGUCCACGUGAUUGUGUUUAGCACAGGCAUGGCCAAAUCCAUAUGGAAAAAAGAACUGGGAAGAACAAUAUUAUCAGGAUAUGCUUUUCCCUCACUUCUACUGCUUCUCCUUUGCUUGAAUUCCCUCCUCUGGUUUAUAGGAUGCAGCAGAGGGAUCCGGGGUGUCCAUUUGUCCCAUAUGCACAGGACUAAAAUUGUAUCCCAUUAUCCAACAGGAAACGUCGGCUUUUGGUCUCUCUGUGAGACCUUGCCACAAAAAGAUGCAGAAUCAUGGAAUGAUGGGAUGGUUUGGUUUCCAAGGGACCUUAAAGGUCCUCUUAUUCCAGCCCCUGCCAUGGGUGAGCAGGUGCUGCCUCCUUUGACCUCAGCUGCCAAGAGCUGACUGUGGAAAGAUCAAGUCUCGCUGACAAGGACUUUUCCCACAUAUUACAUGGAAAAGGUUUGUUUGAGCAGUAAAAAAUUCCUUCCCUGAUGCUAAGUCCCAACUCUUUCACAUGUUUUUCAUUAAAGGAUUUAAUCAGAAGGGUAUUUUGACAGCGUGGGCCACGUCUGCAGUUUAACAUGAGCUGGGUCGUGUGACACCUUUGAAAGCAGUCUGGUUCUGGAAUUCCCUCUGUUUUCCAAAGGGUGAGGCCACACCUCUGGCACAGAACUUCUGCUGUUCUUUAACCAUUAAAACUUCGUUUGCCUUCGAAAUCACAGGGAAAAGGCAGCACCUGCUGACUUUUCCACCUUUCUCCAAGGGAUGGACAGCACUGAGAGCCAAAGCUGAGCACGAGGGCUAAAACAUUCACCAGGCAUCUUAACAGGCCUAACAGGCAAAUGCUUCCCUCACAUCCCCCUGGAUUUUCAUUCCAUGGGGACAGCUUUCUGUAGGAGUUUUUCCCAGGAUGGUGACACCUGACGCAGUUGGCAGGCAAGGAGGAUAAAGCACCGCAAGGACUUGGGGAUCAACCUGAAAGUGUGACAGGAAGGAGUGUCUAGAAUGGGCUGAGGAGUUUGGUUUCUUUCUUCUGUCCCUUUUUUCCUUGUGCCAGGCAUGGGAAUUGACACCUGCAGCAUGCACUGUGCUGAAUCUGAGUUUAUUUUGAUAUCAAACACCUCACUCGACUUCCACGGCCUCUCCUGAGCAUUAACACUUUGCAUAUGUAUAUGAUAAGCCUUCAGUUAUAAUAAUAUAUUUAAGUUGCUUUAUAUAUAUCUCUAUAUAUCCACAACAAGGGGUUGCCUCUGUGUUUCCACCUCUGUCCUUAUUUCUUUGUCUCCUUUCCUGAUCUAUGGGACGACAGUGUUUUUAGGGAAGGGGGAAUCGGCUCCCGUGUUUCCAGGGGGGGCUUUGAUCGGUGUUGUAGCUUCUCCUGGAGCUGCACUGCCCACGGCAAACUCUUCUUCAACAGCAGGACCACGAGCAGAUAUUUCUGUAAAUAGGUAUUUUCGUGUCGAUGUUUUGUGGGUCACACAGAACUUUCUGUUCUUUUCCAGUUCCAUGGCAUUAUUCCUUCAUUUCCUUAUUUGUAAUGUAAUGUUUUUAGGUCGAGGUAGACUUGAAUUUAAUGUCAUAUUUGUCAGUAUGAUUAAACUUUCUGUCAGCUGUCCCGUUCACCCACCUGUCCCAUAGUUCUAGAACGUCACUGGCUAUCUGGCAUUGUUGCAAGUGCCUUAAAUCCAUGGCAUCUUAUUAAAAAAAAAAAAAAGACAAAUUUGGUGUUAUGCUGCAUGACAAA